UGCAAACUUUAAUUUCUUCCUACAAAUUGGCAGUAGACUGCCCCUGUUCUUUUCUCGUAUCAAGCCUUGGUGUCCUCGUUUGUCCACAGACUAGCCUCAUUACUUGUCUUCAGGGUCCCCGCCGCCCAGACGUCAACGCUAAAACGGUGCCCGCCUCUGCCGCGCGCUCCACCAUCCACGACAACCCCUCUACCUGCUCCAACAACUCUCUGCUUGCAACUACUGCCCGGCGUCCUACCACCAACACAACGCCGAACCGCAUAUUGUGCGCUGGUAUUACGGUUCCUAUAUAUCAAAUUAAAUCAGCAAACUACAUGAGCCGUGGACAUGACCCCUGCUAUCCUUCGUCUAUGAGCUAAGCGUUGUUGUCUCUGGACUAUCGUUCCCUACCAUGGAAUCGACCAAAUCUGACGGGCCGGAUGGCUCUUCCAUUCGGCCGGUAUCCUCCCUCCUCGCAAGAUUCGAGACGCUCAACAUCGCACAACCCUCAACACCAUCAUCCCCGCGGCAGAUCUCGCCUGCUCAUACGUCACAGAAACCGACCAUUUCAGACAAACAUGCAACGUUGGACUCGCAGACAAACAACAGCAUCUCGGCUGCUAAGCCGCCGCCACCCAAACCUCCAGCCUUGAAACCGAAACCUGUGGUUAAGCCGAAACCACUCUCAAUGCAACAGGACCCUCCUCCAAUACCCCAAUCUACCAAACCGAAUGUUUCCAAGAUUACCACAACUAGCAACUCGACUACUCCUGCAGUUAACAUCUUGCCCCCACAAUCGCCACCAAAGAAGGCACCGUUAGCGAUUGCUGGAGAUCGGUCGCCCUUCCUCGAUGCAUCCGCAAUCCCUGACAACUUUCCUGCGCCUCGAUCUCCUUCGCCGCUUAGUGUAGGUAGCCGACCACUUUCGCCAUCGCCCAUGGCGAAUGGUUUGUACUCAACCAGGUCAUCUCGAGCACAUUCGCCCAAACCGCCUUCUCCUCCUCCACCUCGACGGUCCCUUGACACUAGACGAGACCGAGACUCCAAACCACCAGUCCUCCCACUAUCGUCAACCAAGCCCAACUUGGCCCCAAAUACUUCCUCAGCAUCGCAAGCUACUGGCCAUCACCGAAUAGGGGUGCCUGCAGAAGUGUCUCCAUUUACGAGUCCACCUAGCAGUCCCGAAUCCGAAGCCGAAACCCCACCACAACUACCUACUCGACCACGACCACCGUCCCAGAGCGAUGCUGCUGUUACCGGUCGACCGAGAAACGAUAUAUAUGGACCUCCACCUACACAUCAUGCUGUACUAGCUAGAAGGAGAGAUGAUGAUGCAAGAGGUCGAGCUGCACAAGAUGAGCCACCAAGACCACUCCUCCCAGCCCGGCGACAAACUCAUGAUGUUGUUCCAGUGCGCACAAAGCAGGCACUUGAGCAAAGCUCACCUGCACGGCUGCCACGCGCAACACCUCAACACGCCAGCACAGCUUCGGUUCAAAUUCGGCGAAAUAAUCAGCUUGCAACGUCGCUGAAUUCUACUCAGAACUUUCUUCCACCACCGACCCGCACUCAUACAAGGUCAAAGACACUGGAAACCGGUGUCAGUGAGACCUCUAUAUCUGCCAUAAAUAGCCAGGAACCGAAAUCAAACGGGUCUUCACAAGGAUCUGCUCUGGCCGACAUCUCCAACAUGAACCGCAAACCCCCAUUUAUAAAGCGUGGCUGUUAUGAGAUACAGACCAAAUAUGAGCCCAAGCGAAUCGAUAUCUGCGGAGAUAUUGUUUCGAGCUGUGGCCAUUUCACGAGAGCCUGGAAUGUAGCAGAAAGUGAACAACUCACCAGCCUUGCUCACACUGAGGGUGUCAAGGCAACCGCUAUCUGUUUUAAACCAUGUUCCAAUCCGGACAAUGAAGGCAAAAAGCUUUGGAUUGGUACAAACAGCGGUGAUAUUAUGGAAAUUGACGUUAUGCUUGGCCGCAUCACUGCCAUACAAGAGAGCAUUCACGGAAAAUCCGAAGUCGUGCGCAUUCAUCGAUAUUAUAAUGAGCUAUGGACGCUAGAUGAAGCCGGCAAUCUCCUUAUAUGGGGUCCAGACUCAGAUGGUAUGCCGAAUCUUAACAAAGGCCCGACACAGACAUACAAGGUACCAAAGGGGCAUUCAUUUUCCAUUGUCGUCGAAGGCGAGUUAUGGUAUGCUGCUGGUCGUGUGAUCCGCGUGUUCGAGCCUUCUCUGGAUGGGUCUGGCAACUUCCAAGUUCUCAUAAAGCCUUUAACGGUUGAUGGAGCUGGAGAUAUCAAUGCUGGAGCCGUGUUUCCAGCACAGCAGAAUCGGCUUUAUUUUGGACACAACGACGGCCGAAUCAGUAUAUUUUCGACAACAGACUAUGCCUGUGAGAAGAUCAUACAUAUUAGUGGUUGGAGGAUCAACUCCAUGGCUGCCGUGGAACAUGAUCUGUGGAUUGGCCAUAAUACGGGAAAGAUUUGCAUCUAUGACACGCAAAAGCCGACGUGGAUGUUGAAAAAAGAAUGGCAGGCACAUGACAGCACAGUCCACCAAGUCAAAUAUGAUCCUUCAAGUGCAUAUCUGCAAAAUUCUUCCCAAGUAGCCUCCGUCGGUGGUGAUGGGAAAAUCAAGAUCUGGGAUGCGCUUUUACAAGACGACUAUUUAGAGAAAGAAUUGCGACUCAAGGAAGCGUCACAUUGUUCCUUUGAUGAAAUCAGUGCUCUAGUUAUGACUUGGAACGCCGGUGCAUCAACGCCUCAUAGUCUCCGCUACUCUGAGAGUGAUUCCUCAUUCUUCCGCGAUCUGCUGCAAUCGAGUGGCUCUCCAGAUAUCCUUGUCUUUGGCUUUCAAGAGCUCGUGGACCUUGAGGAUAAAACAGCUACCGCAAAGCGGUUCCUCAAGUCUAAAAAGCGAGAUGGUGCUGAUGGCGACCACAUGAGCCAUCAGUAUCGUGAUUGGCGUGACUUCCUUCUCAAGUCGCUCGACGAUUAUAUGCCGGCAACAGAUCUAUAUCAUCUCUUAUACAAUGCUCCACUUGUUGGUCUUUUUACCUGUAUAUUCGUCAAAUCGUCGUUACAAGGACGCAUCAGGAACCUCCAUGGAGCUGAAGUAAAGCGAGGUAUGGGCGGAUUACACGGUAAUAAGGGCGCGAUUGCGGUACGAUUUCAAAUCGAUAAUACCUCGCUUUGCUUUGUCAACUGCCAUUUGGCUGCGGGACAGUCACAAACCAACUCGCGCCAUGGCGAUAUUGCCGCAAUUCUGGAAGCCAAUUUAUUUCCUGUCGAACGCGAUCCUCAACGGCGACUUGAUACCUUUAUCUGCGGAGGAGAUGGAGGCAUGAUUGUUGAUCAUGAAUCGUGCAUUAUUAAUGGCGACUUGAAUUAUCGCAUUGACACAAUGUCUAGAGACACUGUUGUGAAAGCCAUUCAAUCGUCAAAUCUUCCAAAGCUGCUCGAACGUGAUCAACUGCUAGCCGCACGCCGCAAGAAUCCCGCCUUUCGACUGCGAGCUUUCAAUGAGCUACCAAUUAACUUUAAUCCUACAUAUAAGUACGAUGUCGGCACCGAUACCUAUGAUACAAGCGAGAAGAGGCGAAGUCCGGCCUGGUGUGACCGUCUGCUUUAUCGCGGACAUGGCACGAUCACGCAAGUUGACUAUAAGAGACAUGAGGUACGAGUUAGUGACCAUCGGCCCGUUACUGGAUCAUUUCGUAUCCGAACCAAGAGGGUGGAUGCAAACGCAAGGUCGGUGACAUGGGCUGAAUGCCAGCAACGGUUCGAGAAAUAUCGGCGACAACAGCUGGCGGCAGCACGGACACAUUAUCUUGAAAAUGUAUGCGGAUUUGACGAAAAAGCUAGUCAGCGACUUAUCAAAGCUCGCCUUUCGAACAAGUAAUACACAAGGAAGAGGAAUAGACUUGGCGCACAUUCGGUUUUCUUUUGCGGAUUUUGUGAUAUAUAGAAGAGGCAAGGGAGCAUAUACACUGAGGCUCUAGAGAUGGACUAUUAAAAUAUGAUGACUUUAUGAACUAAUGUGAUACAUAUUCACUGGAAGUGAUUUAUUGAAUACUUGAUCUCGGUAGGCGCCAUCGGUGAUUUGCCUGGAUCGUGGUAGAUAAAAUCCUCGGAAGUGACCAGUGAAUAAAAUAACUAACAACUUGUUUGGAUGAGGUAUAAAAGUCAGUCGACGAUUACAUU